GCCUUCACUUUAGUGACACAAGAAACAAACCUCUUCCCAGCAACUGGUCUCUCAUUUUCUACAGCUAACUUUUCUUCCUACUUGCUUGUUCUGCCUGCCUAUAUCUUUUUCUGCCCUGUGUCUUCGCUGGAAGUUUGCUGAGCUGAGGUCCACUCUAUCAGCUCUUAUCCUGACAGUUACAAGAAGAAAGAAAACAUUACAUUCCGCUAUUAAGAGUGAACUGGAGGGUCGGUCCUGCAACCUUUUUCCUUCUUAAAGGGAGAGAAGCUCAGUGUUUUUGGCAGCUUGCUGUGAUCUUUUUUUCCAUCGACUUGGGUACAGGAAUAAAGCUCUGUGAUCAUCACUUUUUGUGGGUGUGUGCAGUUGCUAUUAACAAAUAGCUGUGAAAAGUGUGAGAGAAGUUGAAGAUUAUUGUACUGAAAAAAAACUGGUUUUGCAUUUCCCUGACAGAUUUGUCACUCUUUCUGCUACAGUCAGUGCCUACUAGGUGGGAACAACACCCUUAAAAACGUAAAAAGAAACUUUAGUAUAAAAGCAAGCAUCAACUCCACAGCCAUGAUGAGUGGUAGCUUUGAGCCCAGCAGUGACGAUUACCACUACCAGCAGGCUGCAGAUGAUGAGAUGCCAGCCACAGAGAAGGACCUUGCUGAGGAUGCACCCUGGAAAAAGAUCCAACAGAACACAUUCACUCGCUGGUGCAAUGAGCAUCUUAAGUGUGUCAAUAAGCAUAUCGGUGAUCUUCAGCGUGACCUGACUGACGGUCUGCGCCUCAUUGCGCUGCUUGAGGUGCUAAGCCAGAAAAAGAUGUAUCGCAAAUAUCACACUCGACCAAACUUCCGACAAAUGAAGCUUGAGAAUGUGUCAGUGGCACUCGAAUUCCUCGACCGUGAGCAUAUCAAACUUGUUUCCAUAGACAGUAAAGCCAUUGUGGAUGGGAACCUGAAACUGAUUCUGGGUCUAAUAUGGACACUUAUCCUGCACUACUCAAUCUCCAUGCCCAUGUGGGAAGAUGAGGAUGAAGAAGAUGCCAAGAAACAGACACCCAAGCAAAGGCUGCUGGGUUGGAUCCAGAAUAAGGUGCCACAGCUGCCCAUCACCAACUUCAAUAAGGAUUGGCGGGACGGGAAGGCACUUGGUGCAUUGGUGGAUAACUGCGCUCCAGGUUUGUGCCCUGACUGGGAAGCUUGGGACCCAAAACAGCCUGUGCAAAAUGCCCGUGAAGCCAUGCAGCAGGCUGAUGAUUGGCUGGGAGUGCCUCAGGUUAUUGCUCCAGAGGAAAUCGUGGACCCCAAUGUGGAUGAGCAUUCUGUUAUGACCUACCUGUCUCAAUUCCCUAAGGCUAAGCUGAAGCCUGGAGCUCCCCUGAGAUCUAAACAAGUGAACCCCAAGAAAGCCAGGGCCUAUGGAAAAGGUAUUGAGCCUCAUGGUAACAUGGUGCUGAAGCCAGCAGAAUUCACAGUAGAGACCAUCCAUGCUGGUUUGGGAGAGGUGCUUGUCUAUGUUGAAGACCCAGAAGGGCACACGGAAGAGGCUAAGGUUGUGCCCAAUAAUGACAAGAACAGAACCUAUCGUGUCACUUAUGUGCCCAAGGUUGCAGGACUUCAUAAGGUUACUGUACUCUUUGCUGGCCAGAAUAUUGACAAGAGUCCUUUUGACGUCAACAUAUCUAUGGCUGUUGGUGAUGCAAAUAAAGUAACAGCCCGUGGUCCUGGCCUUGAGCCAGUAGGAAAUGUUGCAAACAAGCCUACAUACUUUGAUAUCUACACAGCAGGGGCAGGAGCUGGUGAUGUGGGUGUCGUCAUUGUUGAUCCUCAGGGUCGUCGGGACACUGUUGAAGUGGUUUUGGAAAAUAAGGGGGAUAGCAUUUUCCGCUGCACUUACCGCCCUGUAAUGGAAGGACCACAUACCAUCUAUGUCACCUUUGCUGGGGCUCAGAUUCCCAAAAGCCCCUUCACUGUCAACAUCUCAGAAGCUCCUGUGCUACCAGCCAGUGUUCCGCCCAUUCAGAUCGUCCCACAGUCAGUCCGCACCCCACCUGCAGAAAAGGCAAAGAAAGUCCCACCCCCUCCACCACCCAAGCCUCGCAAACCAACUAGCAAUCCUAAUGCCUGCCGUGCAAUUGGUCGUGGCCUUCAGCCCAAGGGAGUUCGUAUCAAGGAAGUUGCUGACUUUAAGGUGUAUACCAAAGGCGCUGGCAGUGGUGAGCUCAAGGUGUCUGUCAAAGGACCAAAAGGCACAGAGGAGCCAGUGAAAGUGCGAGAUGCUGGUGAUGGUGUUUAUGAAUGUGAAUACUUUCCUGUUGUACCUGGAAAAUAUGUUGUCACAAUCACCUGGGGUGGUCAUGCUAUCCCAAGAAGUCCAUUUGAGGUCCAGGUAGGACCAGAAGCCAAGGCACAGAAAGUCCGUGCAUGGGGUCCUGGAUUGGAAACUGGAAUGGUGGGAAAAUCAGCAGAUUUUGUGGUCGAAGCUAUUGGAACUGAAGUAGGAACUCUGGGCUUCUCCAUCGAAGGACCAUCUCAGGCUAAGAUUGAGUGUGAUGACAAGGGUGAUGGAUCCUGUGAUGUACGCUACUGGCCUACAGAGCCUGGAGAGUAUGCAGUCCAUGUGAUCUGUGAUGAUGAAGACAUCAAGGACAGCCCUUUCAUGGCCCAUAUCCUCCCAGCCACUAAUGAGUACUUCCCAGAAAAGGUCAAAGCCUUCGGACCAGGCCUGGAGCCAACUGGCUGCAUUGUUAACAAGCCUGCAGAAUUCACUAUUGAUGCCAGAGGAGCUGGCAAGGCAGAACUGAAGAUAUAUGCACAGGAUGCAGAUGGUGUUCCAAUUGAUAUCAAGAUCAAAGAUAAUGGUGACAGUACCUUCCUCUGUGUUUACAUCCCAGUCAAACCCAUUAAGCAUACAAUCAUCAUCACCUGGGGUGGGGUUAACAUCCCUCGCAGCCCAUUCAGGGUAAAUAUCGGAGAAGGCAGCCAUCCACAGAAUGUCAAGGUAUAUGGCCCUGGUGUUGAAAAAACAGGCUUGAAGGCCAGUGAACCAACUUACUUUACGGUGGACUGCAGUGAAGCUGGUCAGGGUGAUGUCAGCAUUGGUAUUAAAUGUGCACCAGGAGUUAUUGGCCCCGCAGAAGCAGAUAUUGACUUUGACAUUAUCAAGAAUGACAAUGACACAUUCACAGUGAAGUACACCCCACCAGGUGCAGGACGCUACACCAUUAUGGUGCUGUUUGCUGACCAGGAAAUUCCUAUCAGUCCAUUCCGUGUAAAAGUAGAUCCAUCCCAUGAUGCCAACAAGGUGAAGGCUGAAGGACCAGGACUAAACAGGACUGGUGUGGAAGUUGGCAAACCUACUCAUUUCACCAUCUUCACCAAGGGAGCUGGUAAAGCCAAGCCAGAGGUACAGUUCUCUGGAGCAAUGAAGGGAGAAUUGGUACGAGAUUUUGAGAUUAUUGACAACCAUGACUAUUCAUAUACUGUCAGAUACACAGCUAUCCAGCAGGGUAACAUGGCAGUCACUGUCACAUAUGGUGGAGACCCUAUUCCUAAAAGUCCAUUUCCUGUCACAGUGGCACCACCCCUUGACCUCAACAAGGUCAAAGUUCAAGGUCUUAAUAACAAAGUGGAUGUUGGCAAAGACCAGGAAUUUACCAUCAAUACCCGUGGAGCCGGAGGACAGGGUAAUGUGGAUGUGAAGAUUACCUCUCCGUCACGAAGACCAAUUCCAUGCAAGGUAGAAACCGGAGCCACCAAUGACCUGCAUAAUGCCAAGUACAUGCCACCAGAGGAAGGACCCUACAAGGUGGAUAUAAGCUAUGAUGGACAUCCUGUCCCAGGGAGUCCUUUCACUGUUGAAGGGGUCAUGCCACCUGACCCUUCCAAGGUUCGUGCCUAUGGUCCAGGGUUGAAAGGAGGAUUUGUUGGAAAACCAGCUCCCUUCACUAUUGACACCAAAGGAGCUGGCACUGGUGGCCUAGGCCUGACUGUAGAAGGACCGUGUGAAGCCAAGAUUGAGUGCCAGGACAAUGGUGAUGGCUCCUGUUCUGUGUCCUACUUACCAACUGAAGCUGGAGAGUAUGCCAUCAACAUCCUUUUUGCUGAUGUUCAUAUUCCUGGAUCUCCUUUCAAAGCAGACAUCAAGCCAGUCUUCGAUCCUAGCAAAGUCACUGCCAGUGGGCCUGGUCUAGAACGUGGCAAGGCUGGUGAAAGGGCAACCUUCACUGUGGAUUGCACCAAAGCUGGGGAGGCAGAGCUUACUAUUGAAAUAAUCUCUGACACUGGUGUCAAAGCAGAGGUACUUAUCCAGAACAACAGCGAUGGCACCUACAGCAUCACCUACAUCCCCACAUUCCAGGGUGCAUACACUAUUACUAUCAAAUAUGGCGGCCACUCUGUGCCCAAAUUCCCACUCCGUGUUCAAGUCGAGCCUGCUGUUGACACCACUGGAAUUAAGGUCUUUGGGCCUGGAAUUGAACCCAGAGGUGUUCUUCGGGAAGUCAACACUGAGUUUACAGUAGAUGCACGCUCAGUGACCAAGACUGGUGGAAAUCAUGUUAAGGCACGUAUUGUCAAUCCAUCUGGGGCUAAGACAGAAACUUUCAUCACAGACAAUAAAGACGGAACCUAUCAUGUGCAAUAUACUGCAUAUGAAGAUGGAGUCCAUAUUGUCGAAGUGCUUUAUGAUGAUGUAGCUCUUCCUAAGAGUCCCUAUCGGGUAUCUGUUACCGAAGGUUGUGACCCAUCUCGUGUUCGUGCUUAUGGACCAGGGCUUGAAGGAGGGCUUGUGAGCAAGCCCAAUCGUUUCACAGUAGAAACCAGGGGCGCUGGCACAGGUGGACUUGGCUUGGCCAUUGAAGGACCCUCAGAAGCAAAGAUGUCUUGUAAGGAUAACAAGGAUGGUAGCUGUAGUGUGGAGUACAUCCCAUUUACCCCUGGUGACUAUGAUGUUAACAUUACAUUUGGAGGACGACCUAUUCCAGGAAGCCCAUUCCGUGUACCAGUGAAGGAUGUUGUGGAUCCUAGUAAAGUGAAGUGUACAGGCCCUGGUUUGGGGACUGGAGUGAGGGCUCAUAUUCCACAGACAUUCACUGUCGACUGCAGCAAAGCCGGGCUAGCUCCCCUAGAAGUAUUGCUUUUAGGUCCAGCAGGCACAGCAGAGCCAGUGAAUGUUAUCGACAACGGGGAUGGCACACACACAGUUAACUACACCCCAGCGAUGGAUGGUCCAUACACAGUUUCUGUGAAGUAUGCUGACCAAGAGGUUCCUCGCAGUCCAUUUAAGGUAAAGGUCCUGCCUACCCAUGAUGCCAGCAAGGUCAGAGCCAGUGGCCCAGGACUGAAUGCUUCUGGUGUACCAGCUAGUCUACCAGUGGAAUUCACGAUAGAUGCCAGAGAUGCCGGUGAAGGGCUUCUCACAGUACAGAUUAUUGACCCAGAAGGUCGCAAACAGGAAGCCUCAAUUUAUGUGGAAGACCGAAAAUCGAGGGCAUGGGAGAAAAGCAUUCCAAAGAAAAUUGUUCCUCCCCCUGCUCCUAAGAAAGGCAUUGACCCUGAAGGAAAACCUAAAAAAGCCAAUAUCCGUGACAAUGGGGAUGGUACCUACACUGUGUCUUAUGUGCCAGACAUGACAGGGCGCUAUACAAUCACUAUAAAGUAUGGUGGAGAUGAGAUUCCAUACUCUCCAUACCGCAUCCUUGCUCUCCCAACUGGUGAUGCUAGCAAGUGCUUAGUAACUGUAUCCAUUGGAGGUCAUGGAUUAGGUACAGGUUUGGGCCCAACCAUCCAGAUUGGAGAGGAGACAGUAAUCACAGUGGAUGCUAAAGCUGCAGGGAAAGGGAAAGUGACCUGCAAGGUGUCCACUCCGGAUGGAGCUGAGCUAGACGUAGAUGUUGUGGAGAAUCAUGAUGGCACCUUUGACAUUUAUUACACGGCUCCAGAGCCUGGAAAGUAUGUCAUAACCAUCCGUUUUGGAGGUGAACAUAUUCCCAACAGCCCAUUCCAUGUGGUGGCCUGUGAUACCAUACCAAUCAUCGAAGAACCAUCAGAUAGAACACAGCUGCAUCAAGCCUACACACCCUACCAGUCCAGCUAUCCAGCAUCACCUUGGGCUACAGAGGAGCCUGUUGCCCCAGUGGACGUAGGAGAGCCCAUGCUGAGACCCUUCAACCUGGUUAUUCCUUUCACUGUGCAGAAAGGCGAGAUCACUGGGCAAGUCCGAAUGCCUUCUGGCAAGAAAGCACGCCCCAAUAUCACAGAUAACAAAGACGGAACUGUUACUGUGAAGUAUGCACCUACAGAGAAAGGGCUUCAUGAGAUGGACAUUAAGUAUGAUGGAAACCAUAUUCCAGGGAGCCCACUGCAAUUCUAUGUUGAUGCUAUCAACAGUGGUCAUGUCAAUGCAUACGGCCCAGGUCUGAGUCAUGGAAUUGUCAACAAACCAGCAACAUUCACUAUUGUUACCAAAGAUGCUGGUGAAGGAGGACUGUCCUUGGCUGUUGAAGGGCCUUCCAAGGCAGAGAUCUCUUGUAAAGACAACAAAGACGGCACAUGCACUGUAUCCUAUCUGCCCACAGCUACUGGAGACUACAACAUUAUUGUCCGGUUUGAUGACAAGCACAUCCCUGGCAGCCCCUUCACUGCCAAAAUCACAGGAGAUGACUCCAUGAGAACAUCACAGUUGAAUGUGGGUACAUCAACUGACGUCUCCCUCAAGAUUACAGAGACAGACCUCAGUUUGCUGACUGCAAGCAUCAGAGCACCAUCUGGCAAGGAAGAGCCCUGUUUGCUUAAAAGACUGCCUAAUAGACAUAUUGGCAUUUCCUUCACCCCCAAAGAGGUAGGAGAACAUGUGGUGAGUGUAAAGAAGAACAACAAACAUGUUACCAAUAGCCCCUUCAAAAUCAUGGUUGGCCCAUCUGAGAUCGGGGAUGCCAGCAAAGUGAAGGUUUCAGGAAAAGGUUUAAUUGAAGGUCGCACCUUUGAGGUGGCAGACUUCAUUGUGGACACAAGAAGUGCUGGUUAUGGAGGACUUGGAUUGUCAAUUGAAGGACCGAGCAAAGUAGACAUAAACUGUGAAGAUGUGGAAGAUGGAACCUGCAAGGUGACGUACUGCCCUACGGAGCCAGGAAAUUACAUCAUUAACAUCAAGUUCGCAGAGAAGCAUGUGCCAGGAAGCCCAUUCACUGUGAAGGUAACAGGAGAGGGACGCAUUAAAGAAAGCAUCACCAGGAAACGGCUAGCUCCCUCUAUUGCAACCAUAGGCAGCACCUGUGAUCUCAAUCUCAAAAUUCCAGGAAACUGGUUCCAGAUGGUCUCAGCCCAGGAGCGCCUCACCCGCACUUUCACUCGCAGCAGCCAUACCUAUACCCGUACUGAGCGCACUGAGAUCAGCAAAACUCGUGGUGGGGAAACCAAGAGAGAGGUCCUGGUAGAAGAAUCCACCCAGGUUGGAGGCGACCCAUUCCACAACGUCUUUGGUGACUUUCUGGGACGUGACAGCCUUGGUAGCUUCAGCAUCGCCAGGCAACAAGAGGGAGAAACAGGCACACAGGAUAUGAUUGCCCAUGUCACCAGUCCAGCAGGCAAGACAAGUGAUGCAGAAAUUAUUGAGGGAGAAGACAGUACCUACAGUGUUCGGUUUGUCCCACAGGAAAUGGGACCUCACACAGUGAACGUGAAGUACCGUGGCCAACAUGUCCCUGGCAGCCCCUUCCAGUUUACUGUUGGGCCCAUGGGAGAAGGAGGAUCCCACAAAGUGCGAGCUGGUGGAACAGGUCUGGAGAGAGGUGUUGCUGGAGUUCCAGCUGAGUUUAGCAUAUGGACCCGAGAAGCUGGUGCAGGAGGUCUGUCAAUUGCAGUUGAAGGUCCAAGCAAAGCAGAGAUUUCUUUUGAAGAUAGAAAGGAUGGUUCUUGUGGAGUUUCUUACACUGUUCAAGAACCAGGUGACUAUGAAGUAUCGAUUAAGUUUAACGAUGAGCACAUCCCUGACAGCCCUUUCAUUGUUCCUGUUGCAUCCCUGUCUGAUGAUGCACGGCGACUCACCGUCACAAGCCUUCAGGAAACUGGAUUAAAGGUCAAUCAGCCAGCUUCCUUUGCAGUACAGCUGAAUGGAGCUCGAGGUGUAAUAGAUGCUAAAGUGCAUACCCCUUCAGGUGCCAUUGAGGAAUGCUACGUAUCUGAGCUGGACAGUGAUAAGUACACUAUUCGAUUUAUUCCCCAUGAGAACGGAGUGCAUUCUAUUGAUGUAAAGUUCAAUGGCAGUCAUAUCCCUGGCAGCCCAUUCAAGAUCCGCGUGGGUGAGCAGAGUCAAGUGGGAGAUCCAGGCCUUGUUUCUGCAUAUGGACCUGGGCUCGAAGGUGGAACCACAGGUGUGCCUUCAGAAUUUAUUGUCAAUACAGCUAAUGCUGGCUCAGGGGCACUUUCAGUUACAAUUGAUGGACCUUCUAAAGUGAAGAUGGAUUGCCAAGAGUAUGCUGAAGGUUAUAAGGUCACGUACACUCCAAUGGCUCCUGGCAGCUACCUGAUAUCCAUUAAAUACGGUGGACCUCAACACAUUGUAGGAAGUCCAUUCAAAGCCAAAGUCACAGGAGCUCGCCUUUCAGGUGGUCACAGCCUACAUGAGACAUCAACAGUACUGGUAGAGACAGUCACCAAGUCCUCUACAGUUGGUGCAUACAGUGCUUUGCCCAAGUUUUCAUCUGAUGCGAGCAAGGUGGUCUCCCGAGGAGCAGGCUUAUCAAAGGCUUUUGUGGGACAGAAGAACACCUUUACCGUAGACUGUAGCAAAGCAGGUACUAAUAUGCUGAUGGUAGGUGUCCACGGCCCAAAGACACCCUGUGAAGAAGUAUAUGUGAAACAUGUGGGAAACAGAGUGUACAAUGUAACCUACACUGUCAAGGAGAAGGGCGAUUACAUACUUAUUGUCAAAUGGGGAGAUGAAAAUGUACCAGGCAGUCCCUUCCAUGUCACUGUUCCUUGAGCAGAACUCCACAAAUAAACUACGAUGGACUUCUCACAUCUUUACAUCCUGCAAUGCACUAAGCAUUAAGAAAAAAAACUUUUAGGUCUAAUUUAAAACAAACACUAUGCAAUGAAAGCAUCUGCAUACUAUUUUUUUACCUGAUCACUAAGGACAUUUUGCCUGUGCAUGAUGCAGUAGUGAUGUCACAGCAGAAGAUAAAGCACGCACUAAAAAUUUAUAUAUUGAACUGCUCUAAAUUUUUGCCUUUGUUUUAGAAUAUGUGUGUUUUUUUUAAAAUAAUGGAUCUUUAUCAUCUUAAAUCUGUUUACCUGAAGGUUUUUUACAACAUUAAAUACAAAGAUUAAAAAAGUGGGUGGGAACAUAUACAUUAGACAUAUAUAUUUUGGGAGGUCAGUGCCUAGUUGAAUUAUGUAUGUUUGUUAUUUCUUAGUUUCAUUAAGUUCUGUAUAUUUUAUUUAAGUGAGCAAUUUAAAUUCUCCUUUCUUAGGAGCACUGUAAAGUGAUUUGUAUGGGUUUUGAGAGAGUUUUUAUGAUUACAAUCCAAUAAGCAACAUUUAAAAGACAAAUGACUGAAAUGGUUUACUGUUAACUUGUGUUAACUUUACAGACUUCCUACUGCAGUACACUGGAGCCCCAAACAAAUGAAAGGGGUUACACAAAUAUAUGUUAUGUAGAUGUUAGCUGUUUGUUUCUUUGGGAUCUAGAUGUAUGGUUUGAUUUUUCUUUAAGGAAAGACUACUGUGAAUUUUCAUAAUUCACAUGGCACUGAUCUACACUGAGCUACAAUAACCCUGUGUAUAACUUAGUCACUGGCCAUUUGACGAGGAGACUUAGAACACAAACAAAAAGGCCUGAGUGCAUGCUGUCUAUGAAAGACCACUUACUUGUGUCCUAGGCCUCACCAGAAAAAAGGGCCUGCAGGGAAAUGUCUAUGGCAAUGAAAGUCACUGUGAUCAAAGGUAGAAAUAAGACAUCCCUGUAUUUACAAAACACAGGAGUAUCCCAUGAGUCUUACAGCUUAUGGUACCUAUUUAAUGAAACCAAAAUAAAUGGGGAGGGAGGGAGGGAAACAAAACUAUUUUUCUGUGAACAGUUUAAAAGGUGGACUUAAAACUGUGUUAUGGAGUGCCAUUUUCUAGUAACAUGUUUUUGUAUGUGAAAAGAAGAAGAAAAUAAUUGUUUGCUAUAUACCUGUUGUUUGGUAAGAAAUUGCAGACACAAAUAAAGUUUAUUGUUAAUAUGC